AUCUCUCUCUCUCUCUCCAAUGGAUCUUCUUCGUUUUCUUCUCUUCUCAAUUUCAUUUCUCCUUGCAGUCGCAGUUUCUCCAACUCUAUCCAGCAAUUCUGAAGUAAAUGCUCUACAUGCCUUGAGAGCUAGACUCUCCGAUCCCACCAAUGUUCUACAGAGCUGGGAUCCUACCCUCGUCAAUCCAUGUACCUGGUUUCAUGUCACUUGCGACUCCAGCAACCAUGUCAUCCGACUGGAUCUUGGCAACUCUAAUGUUUCUGGUACUUUGGGGCCGGAGCUCGGCGACCUCCGGCGUCUGCAGUACUUGGAGCUCUAUAGGAAUAAUAUUGAAGGAAAAAUUCCUAAGGAGUUGGGUAAUUUGAAGAACCUCGUUAGUGUGGAUUUGUAUAACAAUAACUUCGAAGGAGAGAUUCCAAAGUCUUUGGUUAAGUUGAAAUCGCUUAGGUUCCUUCGUCUUAACAACAAUAGGCUGACAGGAUCAAUUCCAAGAGAGCUCACUGCCCUUUCCGACCUCAAAGUCUUUGAUGUUUCUAACAAUGAUCUCUGUGGAACUAUUCCAAUCGAUGGACCGUUUGGGAGUUUCCCCAUAGAAAGUUUCGAAAACAACAGAAGACUCAAUGGACCAGAGCUGAAGGGACUGGUUUCUUAUGAUUUUGGGUGCUGAAAAAGUCUUAUUCUGUGAUCCUUAAUGGCAGUGGUUACAUGAGGAGACAGCUUUAAGGUGUGGUUAGAUUAUACCUCAAGCAA